AUGACAGCCGACACGCUCUCUGCCUCGACACUUCCCAUCAUUGACAUAGGUCCCUAUCUUCCUGGCUCUUCCGCGUCCUACGCCGAGCGCGCCGAAACAGCCGCUGCGCUCCACGCCGCCUGUCGCGACUUUGGCUUCUUCUACCUCCGCGUCUUCCCGUUCAUCGGCGACGCCGAGCGUGCCCAGUUGCUCGACUACGGCCGCGAGUUCUUCGCUUUACCCCAGGCUGAGAAGGAUGCAAUCCACACGCAGGCGAACACGGGCUUCGGCGUGCGCGGAUACCAGCGCAUGCGCCAGAACGUUACAGCUGGCAAGGCUGACCAUCACGAGGGCCUCGAUUUCUUUGCCCCGUCUCCAUUUCCCCCCGGUACCAUCAGCCCGCUCGCGGGCGAGAACCAGUGGCCUGCCAACCCGGAGGGGAUGAGCGCCGCGCUCAAGGCGUGGAUUGAAAAGAUGCACGUCCUGGGACAAUCAACGAUGCGAGGAAUGGCAGACGGACUCGGCCUUACGACCGCCGAGUGGGAUGAGCUGUGGGCGCUAUGCCAAGACUCGUUCUGGAGCAUGCGCGUAAUUGGAUAUCCUCCUCUACCGCCAGGCGCGGAUGGCAAAUCGUGCGGCGAGCACAAAGACUACGGAUGUCUCACUUUCCUGCACGCCGAUGCGUGUCCCGGUUCGCUACAGGUACUCUCGCGGGCGGGAGGGUGGAUCAACGCCGACAUGAUUCCUGGGUGUAUGGUCGUGAAUGUCGGGGCGAUGUGGGAGCGGUGGACUGGCGGCUUGUGGCCGGCCACACUGCACCGCGUCAUCCACAACGGCCAGACGUUCCGCGUCUCACACCCGUUCUUCUUUGAGCCUGCGUUCCAUGCGCCCUGCAAGCUCUUGCCUGCAGCGGUGCGGCGCGCACGGGAGGAAGGGCGCGAGAGCGAGAUCCGCGACCAAGGUGUUAUCGAGUACGGGGAAUACUUGCUGGGCAAGGUCACGACCAACUUCAAGUACGACGAAGGGUAG